CAUAUACAUGGGCUUGGGCUCAUUGAGUGAAACAUAUGAGCUUUCGGUUGGUUAAUGCCCCCAAACAAAAAGUUCCUGUCAUUAAACCCUAACUUGAGAAAUUUAAGGUAGACAAAAGCUACAAGAUGCCUUCGAAGAAGAAGCAGCCGAGGACGCCAUCACGGCUAUCCAAUUCAGAACCUCCUGCUUCCCCACGAACUCCAUCGUCUUCAACAGCGAGUCGAGAUGCAUAUUACAUCAACGAAGAGGAACUCAGGAUACGUAUAGAACAAGCUUCCGCUGCGUUUCCUUGUCUCCUCGGCAAAUCAGCAAUCAUCGGAAGAGUAGCUGAUGUAGCACCCGAGUCCAUAAGAGGGUCCAAGAUUUGGCUGUCGGAAACUUCAAUGGUCGCUGCUUCCCUCAUCCCUGGCUCCACUGUAUCGGUAUCACUUGCUUGCACAGAAAGUCACAGCUUCCCUCUCAGUUCGAUAAAAGCUGAAUAUGGAGUUGAAUGCGACAGUAGCAUUGCUGAUGAUGAUGAACCAGGGAACUAUUUUGUUCUCGCCACCGUUUUACCUUCUUCAAAGGUUUUGAAAGAUGGUGUUCGUAUCUCAGUGAAUCUUCGCUAUGGCCUUGGUUGUCCUGUUUCAGGGAGGACUGUUUUCGUUUAUCCUGUUGGUAGACCUUCUUCUUUAAGUGAUCGAUUCAAUGUUAAUGGCGGAGCGCAUGAAAAUGACGUCAAUGAUCUUUCUCUGCUUGCCUGCAAAGAGUUGUGUCUCGCGUUGACUCCGUUUGGGAAUAUGUCACCAGCAGAAAAGCUUUCGUUUGAAAGCUCUCAUGAGCAGAACGGAAACGGGAACUCAACACCUAAGACACCAUCAAACUCUCAAAAGCCUAGCUCUCCGGCUUCAUCAGUAAAAGGGGACGCCUCUGUUUUGAGUAUUAAGCAACAGUUUCCAUCUGAAAGUUUGGUUGAUGUAAGAGAAGUCUUGAGCAACGAAAGUUCUAAGAAGCUUUUGCAGAUUUGUGCAGCUUCGUGGCUUUACCCUUGUAACCUCCUAUAUGGGAAUUUUGUUGCUGUACCGAUUCUCACGGAAACUUGUGUAUUCUGUGUCAAGAGGGGUAAUAAAAAGGCGUCUGAUACCUCCAAUAGAAACCAUGCUUUUGUGAUCAACCGGGAAACUAAAGUAUACCUCCAUCAUACACUGGCCUUAGCAUCUGUGCAAGAUCUGCAGUUUGAUGACGAUGAUGGAGAAGAAAACUUGGGAUGUGAAAUCUCAAAGUUAGGUGGUCUCUCUAAAGAAUACGCAAUUUUAAGAGACAUAGUUGUUUCCUCGUCCACUAAAAGUUCCUUAUCAAGUCUUGGUUUGCGACCUACGAAGGGAGUGCUUAUUCACGGACCUCCAGGCACAGGAAAGACAUCUUUGGCUCGGUCUUUUUCCCGUGAUUGUGGUGUCAACUUCUUCUCUGUGAAUGGAGCUGAGAUUAUAAGGCAGUUUGUGGGUGAAAGCGAGAAAGCUCUAGAAGAGGUUUUCAGAUCUGCUAGCAAUGCUACACCUGCCGUGGUGUUCAUUGACGACUUGGAUGCAAUAGCCCCUGCAAGGGAGGAAGGAGGAGAAGAGUUGUCACAGAGGAUGGUGGCUACAUUACUGAAUUUAAUGGAUGGAAUAAGUAGGAGUGAUGGAGUCGUUGUAGUUGCUGCAACCAAUAGGCCUAACAGCAUUGAGCCUGCCCUUAGACGACCAGGAAGACUUGACAGGGAAAUUGAAAUUGGUGUGCCAUCUUCUGCACAACGGUUAGAUAUACUUCAGACAAUUCUCGGUGGGAUGCGGCAUUCACUUUCAGACACGCAGCUUGAACAACUUGCUGUGGGAACUCACGGUUUUGUAGGUGCAGAUCUAGCUGCGCUGUGUUGUGAGGCAGCCUUUGUCUGUUUAAGGAAGCAUCUUGAUCAGGAAAGUUCAUCUAUUACUGCUUCUGAGUGCAGAGGUUCCGAGUCCUCUACAGAUAUGGCAGACGUAUCAUCUGAUAGUUCGGAUUCUGCAUCGUCAUGUCUCACAGUUUCACCCUCGACUUCAGCGGCACGUCAUGUCUCCGUAGUGGCAGACAAUUUUGUAAACAGUGGCAACUCUUGUUCUGAACAGAUGCUUAGCAGAGAAGGAGAACAUGCCUUGAGUGUAGGAUAUGAAGAUUUUGAGAAAGCAAAGAUCAAAAUCAGACCUAGUGCCAUGCGUGAGGUGAUACUAGAGGUACCUAAAGUUAACUGGGAAGAUGUUGGUGGCCAGAAGGAGGUGAAAAACCAGCUAAUGGAAGCAGUAGAAUGGCCUCAAAAACAUCAGGACGCAUUCAAGAGGAUAGGAACAAGGCCACCAAGUGGGAUACUGAUGUUUGGUCCUCCUGGAUGCAGCAAGACCCUUAUGGCACGUGCGGUAGCUUCUGAAGCGGGGCUGAAUUUCCUUGCAGUCAAAGGUCCAGAAUUGUUCAGCAAAUGGGUUGGUGAAUCUGAGAAGGCUGUGAGGUCCCUUUUCGCAAAGGCAAGAGCUAAUGCCCCUUCGAUUAUCUUUUUCGAUGAGAUUGAUAGUCUUGCCUCCAUUAGAGGGAAAGAGAACGAUGGUGUUUCGGUUUCGGAUAGAGUGAUGAGCCAACUUCUUGUGGAACUCGAUGGUUUGCAUCAAAGAGUUGGUGUUACUGUUAUUGCUGCUACAAAUCGGCCUGACAAGAUCGAUUCUGCUCUUCUAAGGCCUGGACGGUUUGACCGAUUGCUAUAUGUUGGACCACCUGAUGAAGCUGAUCGUGAAGCGAUACUCAAAAUUCAUCUGCGAAAAAUCCCUUGCAGCUCUGAUAUUUGUCUAAAAGAGCUCGCUUCUGUUACCAAAGGGUACACAGGAGCUGACAUAUCUUUGAUUUGUAGAGAAGCAGCUAUUGCGUCACUUGAGGAGAGUCUUGAAGCAGAAGAAAUAAGCAUGCGGCAUUUAAAAGCAGCGAUCAGCCAAGUGGAGCCAACAGAUAUUCAAUCUUACAAAGCACUGUCUGAAAAGUUCCAAAGACUUGUUCACACAGAUCCACAAAGAGACAACGAGGAGGUUGAACAGCCAGGAAACAAAAACCAAAGACCGUCACUUACUCUAUGGACGCCAUUGAAAUCGAUUGUGAUGUUCCUUCGCCGCCAAAUUGGUUCGUAAACAAGAGUUUUGUCAAUCUCAUCUUUGCUUGUGUGUAUUGCUCAGAAGAAACAGUUGGAAGCGAUGUUAUUAUAUCGUCAUGUAACAUUUUUGCCUAUUUAAGUCGAUACAUUUUGUCCGUCUCUUGAGUUUGGAAGAGUCAACGUAUAUAUAAAUGAUAUGAUAUGUGUGAACUUGGAAGACUGA